GCUGCGUCCUUGCAUCUCUAGGGAAACGCUGGGAGAGAGGAGGAAUCCUAUAAACUUGGAGCCAAAUACGCGACUGUUCAUUCACAUCCAUGCCAUCGAACCUCUACACAUUAGACAAUUCCAUCGUUCAAAGUGAAAUGGCAAGAAAAUCGGACGUCCCUUCCCCUUAUUACGGAGAACCAAGCAAGUUUGACCCCACAUUCAGAGGACCAAUCAGCAAUAGAAGCUGUACAGACGUAUUUUGCUGUGUGAUCUUCAUCAUCGUCAUCCUUGGAUACAUAGCUCUGGGGACUGUGGCGUGGCUACACGGUGACCCCAGGAAGGUGAUCUACCCUACAGACAGCUACGGACAGUUCUGUGGGCAGAAGGGUACCCCAAACGCAAAAAAAUCCAUACUGUUCUACUUCAAUAUCCUGAAAUGUGCCAACCCUGCUGUCCUCAUCAACCUCCAGUGUCCCACCACUCAGAUGUGUGUUUCCAAGUGCCCGGACAGAUUUGCAACCUACACAGAUAUGCAGUUGCAAUACCAAAUCACUGCAGCCCCCUGGGAAUAUUACAGGCUGUUCUGCAAACCAGGAUUCAACAACCCAACAAAGCCUGUUGCACAAGUGUUACGAGACGAGGACUGUCCAUCAAUGAUUGUGCCUAGCAGACCAUUCCUACAGCGAUGUUUCCCUGACUUCAUCACUCUGAAUGGAACCCUGACGGUGGCCAAAAGAACCCACUUCAAAGAUGCCCUGGACAAAGCCCGCAGUGUGACUGAACUAAGAGACGCCGCCAAUGGCAUCACAGGUCUGGUGGAUGCUAAGGAGGUUGGGAUGAAGAUUGUGGAGGACUACGCCGCCUCAUGGAACUGGAUCUUGAUAGGUCUGGUGAUAGCACUGGUGGUCAGUCUGAUCUUCAUCCUGCUGCUACGUUUCACUGCCGGACUCCUCCUCUGGUUCACCAUCAUCGCCGUCAUACUGGUGAUCGCUUAUGGGAUAUGGCACUGUUACCUGGAGUUCUCCCUCUUGAGGCAGCAGCCCGGGGCAGAUGUGACCAUCGUAGACAUCGGCUUCCAGACAGACGUCACGGUUUACCUGCAUCUCAGUCAGACAUGGCUCAUCUUCUUGAUAGCUCUGUGUACCAUAGAGGCCUCCAUCUUGAUCAUUCUGAUCUUUCUGAGGAGGAGAGUAUGGAUCGCUAUCGCUCUACUGAGGGAGGGAAGCAAGGCUGUUAGCUACAUCAUGUCAACACUUUUCUACCCAAUCAUCACCUUCCUGCUGCUGGCCAUCUGCAUCUCCUACUUUUCUGUCACCUCUGUAUUCCUGGCCUCCUCUGGAGAUGCCAUCUAUAAAGUAAUGGCUGCUGAGCCCAACUGCAUGUACGCAAACAAGACAUGCGAUCCUGAGACUUUCAACAAGACCAAUGUGUCCAAGACGUGUCCGGGCGCCCAGUGUACAUUUGCGUUCUACGGCGGGGAGACGCCCUACCACCGCUACCUCUUCAUCCUCCAGCUGUCCAACCUGCUCAUCUUCCUGUGGCUGGUCAACUUUAUCAUCGCCCUGGGCCAGUGUACCCUGGCUGGGGCCUUCGCCUCCUACUACUGGGCCCGGAGGAAGCCCCAGGACAUUCCCACCUGCCCCCUGUUUUCUUCAUUUAGCAGGGCCAUACGGUAUCACACUGGCUCGCUGGCAUUUGGUGCUCUGAUUCUGGCCCUGGUUCAGAUGGCUCGGGUUAUCCUGGAGUAUCUAGAUUCAAAACUCAAAGGUGCCAGUAACGUGGCAGCACGCUUCCUGCUCUGCUGCCUCAAAUGCUGUUUCUGGUGUCUAGAGCGCUUCAUCAAAUUCAUGAACAGAAAUGCUUACAUUAUGAUUGCAAUAUAUGGGAAGUGCUUCUGCACGUCAGCUCGAGAUGCCUUCUGCCUAUUGAUGAGAAACGUAGUAAGGGUGGCGGUGCUGGACAGAGUGACAGACUUCCUACUGUUCUUGGGGAAAGUGCUAAUAGCAGGGAGUGUAGGCGUCAUAGCCUUCUUUUUCUUCACACACAAAAUACCAAUUGUUCAGGAAGAUGUGCCGACCUUGCAUUACUACUGGGUACCUCUACUGACGGUGAUAUUCGGGUCCUAUUUGAUCGCUCAUGGAUUCUUCAGCGUCUAUGCAAUGUGUGUGGACACGCUGUUUCUGUGUUUCUGUGAGGACUUGGAGAGGAACGACGGGAGCCCUGAGAAACCCUUCCUCAUGUCUGCUGAGCUGCACAGUAUUCUGAGAAAAACUGAGCACCACUGAGGAAUGCAACACUCUCCUACAAACUAAUAGCUUUACUUCUUCCAAGUUAUUUAGCAUGCUUUAAACUGAACAGAGCUCAACUCUGGCUACCUACACUAUGCUGUCUAUCAGCUAACAAGGAGAUAUCAGUCCCUAAUGGAGAAUGAGACCACUGACUGUGACUUUUGCAACUCAGAAACUUCGAAAGUCUUCAGAACUAACAUUGACUGAUUUUGAGAGACUCAUACGAACACUUACAUUGACUAUGACAUGUGUGAUCAUUAGAAUAACUGUUAGACCUAGAGAAUCGAACAAUGAGACUAAUAGUGUGGCCAUUAGACGUUGCUACUGCCUUACCUCAAGACUAGGGACUGACAGGCAGGAACUAUCUUGGAACAAGUUCAGGUGGUCAGACUUCACUGUGACUUGUGCUGAUACUGAAAUCAACGUGUAACUCUCUGGUCCAGUGAGAGAGAGAAACACUUCUGGUUUGCUCCAAACAGAUCAGAGGCUAUGCAUAUCCAACAUGCAGUACACUACUGUAUCAUCCCUAGCAUCAUUAUUAGUCCUCAGCAGCUGUACUGUAACUGCAGUUUACAUGGACGAUUGCCCUUACUGCAAAAACAAUCACGCCAUGAACUUCAUUAUUUAGAACAAAAGGAACCUUUUGGGUGCAGCAGACUGACAUAACUCUAAAUUGUGGUCUGACUAAUACUUGUUCUGCAGACUUUUAGCUAAAUCAACCAGUUGAUUUAUGCUACUCAAAGUCAAUAUUGGGUACUAAUGGAGUUCCAAAUAUUCAGCCACUAAAGGUUAAGCAACAACAGUGUCAAGGACAAUAAUGAUCAAAUUCUGCCCUAUAUCCCACUACUGCAGAAAACAGUGCAGUUUGCGGUCAAAACCUGCAUCUGUGAUGACCUUUACACCCACACAUGGGCUCAUGUAAUGUAUAGCACGGGUAGCCUACAUUAUGUGUGUGAUACCCUACAUGUACAGUACCAGUCAAAAGUUUGGACAUACCUACUCAUUCCAGGGCUUUUCUUUAUUUUUUUUACUAUUUUCUACAUUGUAGA